AUGUCUGAUCACGGAACUGGCCCAUUGCUAAAUUGGGUUAUUUGUUCUAAUCCAAGUUGUGGAGGCUGUUAUCAUGCAGUAUGUACCAAGUUAGGUGAGCUUUCGAGCUCUGCGUUGGCUGCUAUUUACUGGAUUUGUCCAAAAUGUGUGGUGUCCGUAAAACCUGUAUGGGUGAGUAAAGACUCUGAUGAUACUUUGCCCACUUGUGAUACUGCAGAGCCGUCGACAUCAGCAAUAUCACUGGAUCAAAUCAAGAGUGUAAUGGAAAACUUGGUCAAACAAGUUGUGCCAAAGCUAGUGGAGGAUGUUUUAUCUAAUAAUGUCAAUUUUGGUGCUUCUGCUGAUAGAAGCACUAAUCUAGAGUCAACGGAUGACAGUUACUUUAAAGUAAUACAAGAAAAUAAUGAGCGCGUCAGAAAAGGCGCUGCAAUGUGGUUGUCAGAAAUGUAG